AUGCUCGGGGACCGCCUCAGCCGCGGCCUCACCUCCCUGAACACCCAGUUCCUGGCUCACGGCAUCAGAAUCAACUACACCAAAACAGACUCCAUCCUCUUCUCCCACUACCACCCUCGCCAAGACCGUCUCCCGAGAAUUCUCAACCACCCCAUCCCCUGGUCACCCACGGUCCGCUACCUGGGCAUCACACUUGACGCCUCCUUCACCUUCCUACCACACCUCAACACAACCACCUCCAAGAAGAGGCCUCCGCAGACGAAGAUGAAGACGUCGCCGGUGGGGCCGGCGGAUGACACCGGGGACCUGCACACCCACAUGAUGCACUGCGGGACUAAGGACACCACGCGGCCACCCCGCCGCGACCCCCGCCGGCAGCUGCGGGCCCCCAAGUGCGCGCGCUGCCGCAACCACGGCGUCAUCUCGCGCCUCAAGGGCCACAAGCGCCUGUGUCGCUGGCGCGAGUGCCGCUGCCCCAGCUGCCGGCUCGUGGCGGAGAGGCAGCGCGUCAUGGCGGCCCAGGUGGCGCUGCGCAGGCAGCAGACUGACGGGGACGGACCGCAGGCUCUGGCCAAGGCGCGCUCGGCCCAGGACCUGCUGGAGCAGAAGAAGCUCUACCAGAAGCACCUCAAGUCCUUGCAGCAGUCCUCGGCUGCCAAGGACGUCCUUCAAGGUUACAAGCACACCAUCUGCCGCCUGGCCGGCGCCUUCCUGCCGCCCUUCCUGAGCGACCGUCUGCGCAGGCGCAAGGCGUUCGCUGACCGCGAGCUGGAGGCGGCGCUGCCUGCGUCCUUCCUCGGCCUGCCGCUGGCGCUGCUGCCGCCCCCGCGGCCGCCCCCGCAGCAACUGCCGCCCCCGCCGUGGUUGCCGCAGCUCCCGCCCCCGGCCAGGCCCAAGAUAUCCUUCUCCGUCGAGUCCAUCAUCGGCGUGAAGUGACGACAACCGCGCGGGCAAACCGAGAACCGACGGUCGAAGCGAGGGACAGGAAACAGAAAGACGCCACAUUAGUUUCUUCCUCUUUUUUUUGCUGAGAGCAUUGCACAAUAUAUGUGUGCAUUUACGACAUUUUUAAAUAUAAAAGGUUUGUCUGUAAAGUCGGUCUACGGACGAUAAUUUUACGUGAUAACGUCAUUAGAAAACAUUGAUGAAAAAUUGCAUGCUUUUUUAAUUUUCAAAUAUUAUUUACAGUUUUUUUUUGCAAAUUUAAUUUUAAUUUUUUUUUAAAUAUAAUCACGAACAAUUAGUUUAAAAAAAAACGCCUUAACCUGUUUGAUAUUAUAGAAGAUUUUCUCGCACCGGGGUUGACCGAUUCUUGCACGCUCGGCUCAGGCGGAACGUGACAAUGAAUCAGGCUUUUUCGUGCGUGCAGCCGGCGUUCAUCGAUUUGCAAGACGUUAUCACGUCAAUAAAAAAAAUUGUUAAAUUUAAAACAUUUAAUAAAAUAGCAGCGUAAAUAAAAAGUAACAAUAUUUUUUUUUUUAGUUAAACAUUAUUGGAAGUAUUAUUUUUUUAUUAUUAUAUCAAUAAACGUAACGCAACAGCUAUAGAAAUUUUUUUUCAUCUUUGCUUUAAAAUAUUCCAACACUAUCAAUUUCAAGAGCUAUUUUACCACACAGGUACUCUGCAGUGGCUGCAAUUUUCGAGCGUUACGAAACUUUCUGAAUAGUUGGGUACGUGGUGGGGGGAACCGGUAGAUGAUGACGCCACUCCCAACGCAUGCGCUAGCGGUCGAAUUGCAGGAGGGGAUAGGUGCGUAGCGGAGCAUGCUACAUGCUAUAUAGUUGUAACCGCCGGAAGAGAAGACGGCAUCAGGGGAGAGGUAGAAAUGACGCAGAAGAUCUACGGAAUUCUAGUAACGCUGCUUGUGUUUGUCUACUCCAAUUUUUCGUAAAGGCUAUAACGAUUGUCCAUAUUUAUUUUAUUUUAUUAAAAGUAUUCAUUUGGAAAAGAGUUACUGAUCGAUGCACUUAACUUUAUGAGUAUCGUAAAUUUUGACGUGACAGCGUCUAAUAAAUCGAUGAACGCCGGCUGUACGCACGAAAAAGUGUCCCGUAACGCACAUUGUCCCGUUACGCUGUGUCCCGUUACGCUCAUUGUACGCUUGCGCCGCAUCUAUCUCUCUUCCACUCGAUUGGAACAACCAUCAAUUUGACUUUUUUCGAGGCACAUUAAACAUGAAACACUCCCAUUCGUUUCCUACUUUUCCUAUCAUCGUCCUAUCCUUAACAGAAUAACACAGAUUGGAAUAAGUUAAAUAGCAAACAUGUAUAAAAGUUAUAGUUAAAAUAAUCUGUUUGUUAAAGUAAUAAACAUAUUUGAAUUAAUGAGUGCAAAUAAAGGUAAAUUUAUCAAUUAAAUUUGAGAUUUCAUUUCACUCCUCCUUUGUAUCCAUACAAAAUAGUGAUAAUUCAAUAAAAAUGAUUAAAUUUUAUUCAUAAAAGUAUGCAAUGUUUUGUUAAGACGUUGUCACGUUAAACUAUCGUCCGUAAACCGACUUUACAGACAACCAAUUUUUUUUAAAAUGUGAAUAGUGCAAUUGAAAAUGUAAAUAAUCCAUAUAUUUCUAUGCCAAAUAAGCGAGAAGUUUCACUUCUAUGGCGGGUGGACUCCAAGCGCAAACAGUUUUUGGUUAAAAGCCAUACAAAUUAUAUAUUUUUUGAAGUUGAAAAUUUGCCUACGUUAAGACUGAUAUCAAACAUUUGCUAAAGGCCCUGUCACGCUGUCAAAUAUUUUUCCUCAAGCUACAUUUUACAAUAGAGUAUUGGAUGGAAAAUGGCUUCCGAUUUUUUUUUUCCAUUAAAUACAUUUGAACAGAUACCCUCAAUUUUUUUUAAAAUAAUUUCACACUUAUCAAAGUAAUUUUUGAACUGAUCUAUUUUAAAUUUUUCAAUUUUUUAUCUCAUUAUGAAAUGAAAUAAUGCAUCACAUUCCUGGAUGAAAUUUUUGAAUUUAUUAUGCUAUGUUGUGCAUUUUUAAAAUAUUUUAAACAUUUAUAAAUUUAAUACCAAUUAUAUUCGUUAAAUAAUAAAAUUAAUGUUCAGUGACUUUUUAAAAUUAUAUAAACAUAAUUUCCUUUUUACACGUAACGUAUUCCGCAUACGACAUUCAUACUAACAUUAUUUUAGUUGUUUCUCUAUAAUAACCUCUUUAAUCGUCAUUGCGUUCCUCGCCAUUUUAAAGAUUCAUUGCGACGGAAACGGACGUCAUUUCCGUUUUCAAUAGGUAAAAUUAUGAUUGAUUGUAUCCAACAUCCAAUAUAUUUUAGUACCCGUCCUAAAUGCGAAAUAUUUAUUUAUUUAUUUAUUUUUGAAAAAUCAAAUCAUCCAAACUGUCAAAACUAACAUUGCUGCACCAGCGACGUUUUCGAUGACGUCAAAACCCUUCAACUUUAUUUGACACAACAUAUUGGAAGGUGUUGGAAUCAAGUUGUUUGACAGCGUGAUAGGGCCUUAAGAUAUUUACAUAGUUCAUAACAUAGUGUUUAUUGACAGUAUUGCUACAGUUUAAAGUCGUUCUCGGAAAAUAAAACUAAAUCCUAAACUCCAAUGACUUCACAGGAGAAAAUAUUUGUGGCAGCCAGUAACUAUUAGCUCAAAAUAUUCCAAUAAAUUAUAUACUAUUAUCUAAUGAAAACAUUUUUUUAUUAAUUGAAUGAUAUAAAACAAUAAUUACCUUAAAAUGUUGAAACCAAAGUGGCGUCUUUAAAACUCGGUCUCAUGGUUAUUUUGUUUUCUCGUCAUUACGUUGAAAUAAACACUUAUUACUUUAGUUCAUUCCGAGAACUCUGUUUCAUUUACUAUUGGGUUACAAUUUUUCUCAAUAGAUGGUUAAAAAACAUUAUUUUCGAGCCGUGAAAGGUCGUGUAAGUGAUGGAUACUUGGCAGACCAUUUUUUUUAUUUUAAUUUUUACUGUUGUCAGGUUAUAUUUAAUAAAGAUGGCAGGCUUUCGCGGACAUUGUCUGAAAUAGCUUGGCUUCUGUGUUGUAGCCGCGUUCAAGGCGAACAUAUCACCGACGAUUCGGUCGACAUUGCAGUCUCCAUCAUCAGGCUCUGCAUCUAAGAAAAGAUAGGUCGCCUCUUGGCCAAACAGCCCCGGUCAAUCACAGAAGCCCAGCUCCGAUUGGCCAAACCGACGGGCCAACCAGACGAAAGGAAGGCUGCCAUUGGGCCACAGCUGCUGCCAAUCGGGAAACACUCCUCUCAGGCGAGAGUAUUAGAGGCAGAAGAACUUGUAAUAACCUCAGUGGGUAACUCUACCCUGAUGAUGGUGACUGCAAUGUCGACCGAAACGUCGGUUAUAUAUUCGCCUUGGACGCGGCUACAACCCAAAAGCCAAGCUACUUCCGAUUAUAUGUACAUACAUGUUUUAGAAAAUUUGAGACGAAAAACUUAACAAAAGAUAGUUAUCGAGAUAGAUUUAUAUGAAAAGCCUUCAAAUAAUAGUAAUGGCAAGGAAGUGAAGUAACCAACAAGAUUUGAGAAACCAUCAAAAAGAUCGUUUCCGCAUUCACCGUAAGCUUAAACUUAUGCUUUCUUGUCACCGGAAGUGACAUCAUGAGGACUGUCCGAACUGUUAGUUACGUAUUAUUCAGGUAUGCGAACGAACAAAUGUCCACUUCUCGUAUACGUCCCAGUGAAGAAACGCUAUAAUUUUGAAAAGUGUAUAACUUUUCAGUAAUUUUGAAGAAAAAAAAAUAUCUUCAAUUUUACUGUCAUCAACAAAUUGUAUGAAGAAAUAAAUAUGUUAACAUGUUGAUGAGGAAGUUUCAACAAAUACAUGUUCAUUUUACACAUAUUCACUGAGUGUAACUUACGAAGCAAAGGUAUAAUCUCAAAGUAGCUUGCCGAGUAUUCUCAUGUCAGUAAAUGAAUGUACAAAAUUGCUAAUUUCACAAUAAAUUUUUGUUCGAAGGGAAGUUACUUAUUAAAAACAUUUUUAGGUUGUUUAAAACCGUUUGUAGAGGCCAAACAUUUUACAAGGGUCGACUGCGUACUUAAAUUCGUACGCGGCCAUAUUGAAUUUUUUGCUUAUUCGCUCAAUUUUUUUUAAUGUAAGACUAUUUUGGAAAUGAGAACAUAUUAGUAUUUUGUAUGCGUUACCCAUAUGUGUAAACCCAGGAAAUUAAUUUAUAUUGUAAGUCCACGAAGCGAUAGUUGGAUGAGAAUUUUAAUCAUGAAUGUUUUUCUAACGUUUUGUAACAAAAUUUGAAUAAAACUAUAUAAUGGAGCAUCCAAAGAAAUAAAAAUGGUGUAAAAAUGGAAUAACAAAACAUGGUGCGGGUGUAGCCAAGCCUAAAAUAUAUAGAACUUUUAAAUCAUUUAUAUAUUUCGUUAUUUUAUAACCAUAGAAAAAGGCUUUUCACUGUGUUUUUUUUCUUUUUGGUGAACUGCAUACUUAUAUUCAUUUAAAACACAACACUACAAGUGCAAGACCUUCAGAACUUCUUGAUUACGUUGGCUGAGUUUACUAUGUACUCGCCAGCGAAUCUACUCGCCAGUGCAUCUACUCGUCGUGAAAGAAAUUUGCUCGCUGUAAUAAUGCUGGCUCGUCAAAGGUGGGCAUGAUAUUGAAAAACUUAAGGAUACACUUAGUCUGUAAGUUGAUUAGUAUACGAUUAGUAACACUGCGAAUUUGGAAUUUUGACUUACUUAGUGGUUGUUAAUUCCAGCCAGUGAAAACGGGUGAGGUAGCCGCCAUGUUAUGCAUUUUGUUUAAGAAUCGUUGCCGAUUGAUAAUUUGUUCGUUGCAGCAUUUGUAUUCAUUUUAGCCCAUUCCUGAUGGCAUAUCGAAAGUCUAACACCCUGUCCAAAAAUACUACCAAAUCCACGUUUUCUCAAAAUCCUCGACAUGGGCUACUGGAAUUUAUUCACAGAGGGCACUGUAAAGGGCCAUCAGAAAAUAAUGUGAACUUACGACUUGGACAAAUUGGAAUAUUUAUUUUGAAUUUUUUGUGCAAAGAGUAUUCAUAUAAAAAAAAGCUAAAUAAUUUCGCAAUUUAAAAAAAAAUUGCGAACAACAUUAGCCAAAAGCUAGACCCCUUAAGUAUAUUAAAUGUUCCCAUGGAUAUGUUCACGAUGUACCAUCUAUUAAAUAAACGAAUAUUAUGACAGGUUAGCUUGUUGAUGUUGUAAGCCCAGUAUUUUGUGCUGCGUCACGCGCAGUAAAGACUCAAAAGUCACGAAAAGUUGUUAGAGGCGAAAUAAAUCUAUGUUUCUAAAGUUUCACGUUGCGAUAUGUUAAUCAGGGUGUGCAGUACGACAAUGCAGCUAUUGACUUCAAACUCAAGUAACGUCUCGUAAAAUUUGGCAAACGAAAAAUCAUGGACGAAAAAUUGUCAGCUGAAAGUUACGUGCAGUGUAUCGGGCUCAAGUUCCUAGUGCCCAUCUUCGUACACACCGAAGCUGUUGCCUGAAAUGGCGCCUGUUGAAAUAUUUUGUUUUUAGGCACUUGUCAUUUUAAUUUCUUACACAUGUGUGCGAAAUUUGUAAGUAAACGUUACUUUUUUCUUACGAGGAUAUGCAAUUUAAGCUGGAAAGUAUUCCAAGCAUUGUAUGAUAAUACACAGUGAAAAAAAAAUUGUGUGUUUUUACAAAAAAAAAGUGUUUGGAAUCUAGUUCUUAAAGCAUUUUUUUUUGUAAUACUACAAGUUCCACAUAUGAAAUUUUAGAACACACUCCUGUAGAAUUUAUAAAAAAAACUUCAUGUAGCAAGUCUACAAAAUAAAUAGUAUAUUAGAAAAUAACUGUUUCGCAAACUCGGAAAAUGGAAAUAUCAGAGAUAUGUUGAAAAUGUAUUAAAUUAUGUUUGGCUACUACAAAAAAUAGUUUUGGCAUAGUAUAUAUAUUAGACAUAUACUGUGUAUGUAAUACUUUGAUUUUGUGUGUUCUCGCAAUUUUAAAUUCUUGCGCAUCCUGAGAUAUUCAAAAACAUAAGAAUCAUUAUAUGUACUUACUGAAACGUGUAUUUUCUACUGUAUAACAUAACAUUAUAUAUUGGUACAUAAACAAUUUAACAAUGUGUUUUUGUAUUCUGUUUUUGGC